AUGAAUCAUGUGCGAGUAACCGCACUUUCACUCCGGCUCAGAGGAGCACCACUGCAGGUCGCCUCAAAUCAUUUGCAGGUGACCGUAUUUCAAUACGCCUCAGUGGCCGCCCCGGCACCUCACCUCGAAUCAUGUGCGGGUGUGCGCACUUUCAUUCCGCCUCAGUGGCCCGCCACGGCUGAUCACCUCGAAUCAUGUGCGGGUGUGCGCACUUUCAUUCCGCCUCAGCGGCUUGCCACAGCGCAUCAGCUCGAAUCAUGUGCGGAUGUGCGCACAUAUAGUCCGCAUCAGUGGCUUGCAACAGCGCAUCACCUCGAAUCAUGUGCGGAUGUGCCCACUUUCAGUCCGCCUCAGUGGCUUGCCACAGCGCAUCAGCUCGAAUCAUGUGCGGAUGUGCGCACAUAUAGUCCGCAUCAGUGGCUUGCCACAGCCCAUCACCCCGAACCAUGUGCGUAUGUGCGCAAAUUCAGUCCGCCUCAGUGGCCCGUCACGGCACAUGACCUCGAAUCAUGUGCGGAUGUGCGCACAUAUAGUCCGCAUCAGUGGCUUGCCACAGCGCAUCACCUCGAAUCAUGUGCGGAUGUGCGCAAAUAUAGUCCGCAUCAGUGGUUUGCCACAGCGCAUCACCUCGAAUAA